AUGUCGAUAGCUUUGGGGAGUAGAAAUAUUAACUGGUUUAUAAGGAAAAUAAGCGAAGCUAAAACGUACAUAUUCUAUUGUAUCCUGACUUUUAUAAGAUUGAUAUUUAUAUUGUCUGUAGUUUCUGGUAAAAAAGAAAUGGUUUCAUUGGAAAUAAACAUACCUAGUUUCGUUAACUCCAUUUUUGGUAUAGACCCAUCGUUGAAAAUUUUCCGGGCAACCGUAGGGUCAAACAAAGACCACAACGUUGGUAACGAUCUGGCGAUUGCCGUAACCACAAGUAACCGAACUGAUUCAAAUGGUGAUAAAUUACAUACGAGAGCCACUGCGGACCACAAUCUAUUGAAGAUGAAUAUCGUAGGUGCAAAUGAUGCAGCUGCGGCGUUACAAGAAAUGGUACAACCAUUUGCUGGGAUGGCGCCCCAGUACGUUAUGGAUACUUUACAAAGUUUUGCAAGACGAUCGUCUCCAAAAACUAAGCCGAGAGUGGAGAUGGCUCCCGGAACGUACAAAAGCGAAAUAGUGACAUAUCCACCGAAUUUCUUCGAGAAAAAAUUGAAAUUCUUAUUGGAAUUACAAAAGAAGAAGGACGAGAAAGAACAGAAGGAGAAACAGAAUGGCUAA